AAAAUUACAUUUUCCGCCACACUUCAUCUCUCUCACUAGUCUCUCCUCGAGACUCUCUCUGUAUGUGUGUGAAAAGAGAGAGAGAGAGAGAGAGACUUGUUAGCUCUCACACGCUUUCUCUAUUUUCUCGGAAUUCACAAAACAGAAAGUUUCAAUCUUUACGAAAUUUUUGCCGAAAGAAACAAUCUUUGAGUUUGAUUUCUUCUUCCUUCCUUCUCUAAUGGAUUCCAGAGAUAUCCCACCGUCACAGAACCAGCUUCAACCACCACCGGGAAUGUUAAUGUCUCAUUACCGUAACCCUAACGCCGCCGCCGCUGCAUUAAUGGUUCCUACUUCCACAUCUCAAUCGAUUCAACAUCAUCAUCGUCUUCCUUUUAGCAAUCAACAACAACAACAAUCUCAAACCUUUCAUCAGCAACAACAAAUGGAUCAGAAGACUCUUGAAUCGCUUGGUUUUGGUGAUGGAUCGCCUUCUUCUCAACCGAUGCGAUUCGGGAUCGAGGAUCAGAAUCAGAAUCAGCAACUUCAAGUGAAGAAGAAGCGAGGAAGGCCAAGAAAGUAUACUCCUGAUGGUAGCAUUGCUUUAGGUUUAGCUCCGACGUCUCCUCUUCUCUCUGCAGCUUCUAAUUCUUACGGUGGUGGUGAUGGUGGUGUUGGAGAUAGUGGUGGAGGAGGAGGGAAUGGAAACUCUGCUGAUCCUCCUGCUAAACGUAACAGAGGACGACCUCCUGGUUCUAGCAAGAAACAGCUUGAUGCUUUAGGAGGAACUGCAGGAGUAGGGUUUACACCACAUGUCAUUGAAGUGAAGACAGGAGAGGACAUAGCGUCAAAGGUGAUGGCUUUUUCGGAGCAAGGGCCACGAACGAUUUGUAUUCUCUCUGCAAGUGGUGCGGUUGGUAGAGUGACGCUUCGUCAAGCUUCUCAUUCUAGUGGAAUCGUUACUUAUGAGGGACGAUUUGAGAUCAUUACUCUCUCAGGCUCGUUUUUGAAUUAUGAGGUGAAUGGUUCCACCAACAGAAGUGGUAACUUGAGUGUGUCUUUGGCUGGACCCGAUGGCCGGAUUGUAGGUGGCAGUGUAGUUGGUCCGCUAGUAGCUGCAACACAAGUCCAGGUCAUAGUAGGAAGCUUUGUUGCGGAAGCAAAGAAACCGAAACCAAGUAGCGUUAACAAUGCUCGAGGCCAGAAUCCUGAACCAGCUUCAGCGCCGGCUAACAUGUUGAACUUUGGAUCAGUCUCUCAAGGGCCAUCGAGUGAGUCAUCAGAAGAGAAUGAGAGCGGUUCUCCUGCAAUGCACCGUGACAAUACUAAUGGGAUUUAUGGAGCUCAACAACAACAACCCCUUCAUCCUCAUCAGAUGCAACUGUACCACCAUCUUUGGCCUAAUCAUGGUCAAUAAAAUGGACUUGCUCCAGAAAUUCGUUUCGGUUUUGGUUAUGGUUAGGGUGAUUCGAUCUUAGUUUCAUUUGAGAGAGCUUGAUUUCUUCUUGUUGUUUACACAACCUUAAGAAGAUUUUUGUAGCUUUUUUUUUUUUUUUUUUUGGUUUUAGAUAAAAAUAUAUAGAGAUCUCGAAAUUAGGCUUCUUUCGGGGGUUUUUGUUUUUUUAGUGGCGAUUUUAGUUUCUCGGUCAUUUUAAUUCUCUGUUACUUUAUAUUUCUUUUUUUUUGUGAUUUGAUUAGUGAUAAAAGUCUCACUUUCUUCA